UUUGGUGGUCUCUUCACAUGGAGGCGCAUGACUAUAUAUAUAUAUAUAUAAAAUGAAAUUUCAAGUUGCAGUGAGCAGCUCUGAGGUAUGUUCAUGAACGACACACAGAUGCAAAACAAUAAUCUAGAGGGUUAGCAGUCGUCCCGAGUUCAGGAGGUACCUUUUUAAGGCCAGUUCCUCUCGCUCCAACACUGCCAAAUCAGCGACUCUGGUGCUUGUUCAACUGAAGCAAAGAAGGGCACAGCUACUCUUGGAUCCAGCAUUUUCCUAACAAGGGCUAAGAGUGAAGCCGACUUUGCCACCCAGGUCUAUGUUUAGGAAAGCAACCAGCAGGAGGGAAGAAAAAGGUGAGGGAUAUUCUCGGCCUCCUGACACUCCUCUGUGUAGUCGAACAAUCUAACCCCAGAGUCUUGAGCAAGGAGUGUCCCUCGAGCUGUUCUCCAGGGUCGCUCCACCGGACAGAGCAGGUUUCUCUUCCAGUCUCCCCGGCUGCCCUCGCCCCGCCCCCUGCCGCCUGCGGGCAUCGCUUUAUGACGUCACCACGUGCCUCUGCAGGCACGCGCGGGAGGUGGGACCAGGAGGCGGUUCGGGUGCCCCGCCUCGUGCCAUACUCUCCUUGCUCGCUUCUGGGUGGCCUUUAAUGUCUUGUGUUCUAAGGUGUGCUGAGGGGAAAGACGCGGGAGGUCUCUAGCCUGACACUAUGGAGGAAGAGAGAAGCUACAGUUUCGACGGUGUGAGUACCAACCGCCUGAAACAGCAGUUGCUGGAAGAAAUCCGCAAGAAGUGAGUCGGGGGGCGGCGCGGUGUGAAGUCUGGUCCACGCCCCCCGAGCCUUCACCUGCGGCGUCUCAGGGCCGAAGCCGCUGAGGAUGCUGGGAGACCGGCCCCGGGAUUAACCCCUGGGCACUUCGGUCGACCUGCCCAAGUGUUCCAAGCGAAAGAUUCAUGUGCCUCUUUGACUAAGCCUUUGGUAUUGUAAGUAGGCAGCUUUCGAGGGAUGCAGUGCAACUCUCAAUAUUUGAACUAAGACACAAGAUUACAGAACUGGAAGCCAAACUCAAUACUGACAAUGAAGGUAGUGAAUGGAAAACCCGUUAUGAGACACAACUUGAAUUAAAUGAUCAACUAGAAAAGCAAAUUGUUUAUCUCAAGGAGAAGAUGGAAAAAAUCCGUGGAAACUCUUCAGAUAGACUAUCUUCUAUUCGUGUCUAUGAACGAAUGCCAGUGGAAUCCUUAAACACAUUACUUAAACAGCUAGAAAAAGAAAAGAGGACUCUUGAAAGUCAAGUGAAAUACAAUGCACUUAAACUGGAACAAGAAUCAAAGGCUUACCAGAAGAUCAACAAUGAACGCCGUACAUACCUAGCUGAAAUGUCUCAGGGUUCUGGUUUACAUCAAGUUUCUAAAAGGCAACAGAUGGAUCAACUGCCUAGGAUGCAAGAGAAUCUAGUGAAAACUGGAAGAUAUAAUCCAGCUAAGCAGAAGACAGUGAGUGCCAAGAGAGGACCAGUAAAAAAGAUUACAAGAUCAAACUAUCUUCCAGAACUCCAUCCAUGAUUCCAGAACUGGGUGGAUUUCUAUUUCUUCCUUUUUCCAUUUUUAAUAUUCAACUUAUGAAGUUAAUGGUCAGCACAUUUCUUCAGGGAAUAAAAUAGAUAAGAACUGCCAAAUUUUUCUUUAGCUCCUUUUCCAGAUGUGUGUUCCUUUGUUUGCAUAAAAGUAAUUUUCUCCAGUGACCCUAAACUAUGAAGUGCUUGAGAGUUUUAAAAUAUCCUAGGGAAUCUGAAGGCUGGCAUCGUUACACUUACUUUUAAUGAUACACCCAUUAUCUGCUCUGAUAGAAACAUUGCUAUUCUAUUUGGUUUCUAGUUGACUGUCAGCAAAAACUGUGUAUUCAUAAAACCUUUUUGCCAUUUUGGGCUGAAUCUUGCUCAGUUUUUUAAAUUGCACGUUUAAACAAAGCCAAAAAUCAAGUCCAUUUUAAGUUUUGACUUGAAAUAUUAUGUUAUUGUAGAACAACCUUAGAUCAUAAAUAAACUUGUCUGUAGUCUCCACUCUGCCAUGAACUUAGGAGGUCUUGGGCAAGUCCCUUCACCUCUUGUUUAUUUCCCACACCUGUAAAAUGACUGAGGCAAAACUAUACACUUUCUGAGGUUUUUUACGAUUCUAGAAAACCAGUAUUUAUUCAAUCAUAAGGUCCUACCACUUACUUAACACUAGUGAUUUAAGUCAUUUUGUGACAUGUGGUAAUUCAUAGUGAUGGAGUAAUUCUUUAGACCAAACUGCAAUUGUUCACAAUACUCAAGUCCAGACGUGGAGAUAGAAUGAGAAUAAGAAAAGAGUUCUUUUGAGGCAUUUAUAAAAUGUAUUGAAUCCUCUCAUUCAUGGUUAGACUGUUUUUGUCUUUUAGAUAGUUUUUGUAACUGUCACCUAGGUCCGGAACAUGUAACUUAUUUGUCCACUUUAAUAAGUGAAAUCAUUGGACUUCAAAUUUAUAGAAAUCACCUAGAGGUAAGUAUAGUUUCCAUCUAAUGGUGUUCUCAUCCUAUAUCUGGCACUAAACGUAAAUUUAAUUCUGUAUCACCAGUAAUGAAUACCAAAUGCAUUUCUGCAACUACUUCUAUAAAAGUUUAUUUUCUUUCUUUAAGGAAGAAUAUAUACAUUUCAUAUAGCCAAAAAUAUUUUAAGUUAUUUUAAAAUGUAAUGUGGAAAAAUAUAAAGUAACUUUCUAUAAAUUAUUCUACAUUGGAAUUAUUUGUAAAUAUUUUCCCCUAUUCUUUAGCUAACUAUUGAUAUUAGGUGCCUUGACCCAUAUCAUUAGAUAAAUAUUAGAUUUUUAUGUCUUAUACCAUCUUUCUCAGCAUUAGUAGAAAAUUAAUAAUUAAAAUAAU